AUGGAGGACUUCUUAAGAGACAGCCCAUUUGACGAGUCGAGCACCACCGACUCCUCAAGAGCGAAGCAGUACGACUCGUACUUGAACUACUCGCAAGGUCAGGAUGGUAGCUCGCAGGAUGAGUUUUCCCGGGUACAGCCUCAGACAGCAGACUCUCAACCACAAACAGACCACUUUAGCUUAGACUUGAACCAGCAAAUCAAGGAAGAGUACUCCUCUCCAACCGUCACAUCACCCACAACGUUUCAGAGUCCGACGCAAGGUGCUUCUCAAGGUCAACAGAACUUGAACCCCAAUGACCCCUACUUUAGCACGUUUGAGUUCUUAUCUUCGCCUUCACAACAGCCGGUGUCCCCAAGAUACCAACCCCAAGGCGCCGCUAGCAAUGACUUCACCCCAGGAUUUGGCUCACAGGCUGACCCUUUGCAGUUUAGCAUGAACGACAACUUCACCAACUUGGAUCAGCUAGUCUCACCGGAGAAUAACGUCAAUGACUCGGGCAUCAACAUCUUCUCCUCUGCUCAAUACUUCUCGCCAAACACAAGAGCAAAUCAUUACAAUCACUUGUCAGCCAUUGCCGAAGACAGCUUGCCAAACUCCUACCAAAACACUUUCAGUCCUGAACUUUCCAGACAUGGAUCCGUCAGUAUUCCUCCUCUGGGAGACCCAUACGUGUCGCCACUGGCUAACGCUUUCUUGUCACCACAGUCCAGACCCCAAGAUGGCAAUUUUGACAAUCUAAGGUCACCAUACUCUGGGACCUCGUUCCCUAAUUCACCACCUCCACCACUCAACUUGAACAUGAGCAAGAGCAUUCCUACAUCUGUUAACUUCAAUCAGACUUCCUUCAACGAGUCCCAUGCACAGCGACAACAGCAGCAGCAGCAACAGUCUAUUGAGAACACAUUGUCUCCGCCUAGUCUGCUGGCUUUGGGUACCUCCGCUCCAAGUAACUCGAAGAAGUCGGAACCCUACCCAACUAGUGGUAAGCAAUUAACUCAGGAAGAGAAAGCCAAGCGCAGAAGAGAGUUCCACAAUGCCGUGGAGCGCAGGCGGCGUGAUUUGAUAAAGGAAAAGAUCAAGGAACUUGGAUUUCUUGUGCCACCUUCUCUAUUGAACCCACAAGUAUGCGCCGUGCAAAGUCUACUGAAGCAACCGCAUCAGAAUUCAGCGGAGAUGAAGGAGCUUCUUUCAACGGUAAAGGUGAGAGAUUCAAAGCCCAACAAAGCUACUAUUCUUCUGACAUCUGUCGACUACAUAAUACAUCUAGAGAAGGUGGCCGAGCGUCAAGAGCAGCGCAGGAAAGAAAUUGAGAGAGAAAUUGCAGAGCUUGAAAGCGGUGUUGGAAAAGUAAAACUUGAGGACCCUGAUGAAACAUUAAACAAUUCCACAGGGCUUCCAGAUCAGGGUGGACUUCCCAAUCAGGACUCCCAAUUUAACCCCGACGACUUCUUUUCGGAUGUCAUCGCAGACAAUAAUCAGUAUAGCUAA